AUGGUGGAAUACUCUAAGUUUGUCAUGGGAUUGGGGGAGAAACUGCUUGGAUUGGUGUCGGAAUCUUUGGGACUUGAAACAAGGCACUUGGUAGACAUGGGCUGUAUGGAGGGGCUUGGAAUCAGAGGGCAUUAUUAUCCAGCUUGUCCAGAACCAGAAUUGACAUUGGGUAUCACAAACCAUACUGAUUUUAGCUUCUUGACAAUUCUACUGCAAGUUCAGAUUGGUGGCCUUCAAGUCCUCCAUCAAAAUGAAUGGGUUGAUGUGCCUUGCUUGCCUGGAGCUCUAGUGAUUAACUUGGGAGACUUGAUGCAGACAAGCUUCUGCUUUCUAUGA